AUUAGAACAUACAAUUUUUAUAAGUUUUUAGGUUUAAAAUUCCAUUGGUAGAAGGUCCUGUUUUAUAUUACUUGCAUUUUUGACCCAGAGUGAAUCAUUUCUCGCAGCACCCCAGGGAAAGCACACGUUACUGCCUUGACUGAAAUGGCUACUACACAUAAAUUUAAAGUUGAGAUGACAUGUGAAGGUUGUUCUGGGGCUGUAACAAGAGUUUUAAACAAAACAGAAGGAGUUGCAAACUUUCGCGUUGAAUUGCAAGACAAAGAAGUGUUCGUAACGACAGAUCUUCCUGCGGAUAAAAUCCUUCAGGUGUUGCAGAAAACUGGCAAAGAGACAACAUAUGUCGGUACAGUUUAACGAACCUUAAGCACAGUGAUAUUGAUGUCUGGUACAGUAACAUAUUAAGACUAUCAGGAUUAUAUGUAGAAUUUAGGUUUUUGUAGAUAGAAAUAAUAAUAAAAAUACAAAUCUUUUUAUUCAAAA